GCUGGAGUCUCGGCGGCUGCCGCUCCAGCCACGAUGCUCGGCUUCCUCUCCCGCCUGGGCCUGUGGGCUUCCGGACUGAUCUUGAUCCUAGGCUUCCUCAAGCUCCUCCGCCUGCUGCUUCGAAGGCAGAGGUUGGCCCGGGCCAUGGACAGCUUCCCAGGGCCACCCACUCACUGGCUGUUUGGGCACGCCCUCGAGAUCCAGAAGACGGGGAGCCUGGACAAGGUGGUGACCUGGACCCAGCAGUUCCCCUACGCCCACCCUCUCUGGGUUGGACAGUUCAUUGGCUUCCUGAACAUCUACGAGCCCGACUACGCCAAAGCUGUGUACAGCCGUGGGGACCCUAAAGCCCCGGAUGUGUAUGACUUCUUCCUCCAGUGGAUUGGCAAAGGCCUGCUGGUUCUGGAUGGGCCCAAGUGGUUCCAGCACCGCAAGCUGCUCACGCCUGGCUUCCAUUACGACGUGCUGAAGCCCUACGUGGCCAUCUUUGCCGACUCCACACGCAUCAUGCUGGAAAAAUGGGAGAAAAAGGCCUGUGAGGGUAAGAGCUUCGACAUCUUCUCUGACGUGGGCCACAUGGCGCUCGACACGCUCAUGAAGUGUACGUUUGGCAAAGGAGACAGUGGCCUGAAUCACAGGGACAGCAGCUACUACGUGGCAGUCAGCGAGCUCACGCUGCUGAUGCAGCAACGCAUCGACUCCUUCCAGUACCACAACGACUUCAUCUACUGGCUCACUCCGCACGGCCGCCGCUUCCUGCGGGCCUGCAGGGCGGCCCACGACCACACCGACAGGGUCAUCAGACAGCGGAAGGCAGCCCUGCAGGAUGAGAAGGAGCGGGAGAAGAUCCAGAACCGGAGACAUCUGGACUUCCUGGACAUUCUCUUGGAUGUCCGCGGUGAAAGUGGAGUCCAGCUGUCGGACACAGACCUCCGCGCUGAAGUGGACACGUUCAUGUUCGAAGGUCAUGACACCACCACCAGCGGCAUCUCCUGGUUCCUCUACUGCAUGGCCUUGUACCCUGAGCACCAGCAGCGCUGUAGGGAGGAGGUCCGUGAGAUCCUGGGAGACCAGGACUCCUUCCAGUGGGAGGACUUGGCCAAGAUGACCUACCUGACCAUGUGCAUGAAGGAGUGCUUCCGCCUCUACCCGCCCGUGCCCCAGGUGUACCGCCAGCUCAGCAAGCCCGUCAGCUUUGUGGACGGCCGCUCCCUGCCUGCAGGCAGCCUGAUCUCCCUGCAUAUCUACGCCCUCCAUAGGAACAGCGACGUGUGGCCUGACCCUGAGGUCUUUGACCCCCUGCGCUUUUCCCCGGAGAACUCGUCUGGACGCCACCCCUAUGCCUUCAUUCCCUUCUCUGCCGGGCCCAGGAACUGCAUCGGGCAGCAGUUCGCCAUGAACGAGAUGAAGGUGGUCACAGCCCUGUGCCUGCUCCGCUUUGAGUUCUCCGUGGACCCCCUGCGGCUGCCCAUCAAGCUGCCCCAGCUGGUCCUGCGCUCCAAGAAUGGCAUCCACCUCUACUUGAAGCCUCUGGGCCCCAAGGCUGAGAAGUAGCUCUGCUGAGAGCGGGGUCCCCGGCCGCCCAGGCUGCGGCCUCUCCUGAGCGUCGCUGUCUCGUUGGGGGUUCCCUGCCUUCGGGAUCUUGUAGCCUGGGAGGGGAGUAGGCACAGACACAGUCACCUCCAGGCCAGUGUCAUGGAAACGCAUGUGUCGACAGGUGCCUGCUGUGCAUGCAAACAUUUGGUGAGCACCUACUUGCUUCAGAAUUCUCUCUUACUUUCCAUAAUGGACAGUCUUUCUAAAAUGUACCAGAAACUUACAGUCCAGCCUCUGUGUCUUGGUGUGCGCACAGUGGAGGCUCUGCCUCAGGAUUUAAGGUCAGGAGCAGGGCCCGCAGGACUGGGGACAGCUUGGGGGCCACCCUGCACUUGAUCGGCUUUAUCUGUGUGUGGGUGUGGGUGUUUGGAACACAACAGACAUAAGGAAGAUUUGCUUAGGCCCAGACUGUACACGAUGCUGAAUAAACAGAACUCAC